GUGGCAAUGGCAAGAGUAGAAAAAGCAAGAGUCAUGGCGUGUGUUUGUGAUAUGUUUAAUAGUCUUCGAUAGUCUUUCAGACUCUUUCUUGAAAAACCCAAUUUUUUUUUUCAGCUAAACUCUUCACCUUUGACAUCGAAUCCAACAAACCAAAUCUCUCUGUAAAUCAGCUAAACAAAAGUUAUGGGAAUUUCAUGGAGUAAUAGAAGAAGAAAUAACUAUCAUCACCACCACAGUCAUUAUUUACCACCACCGCCUCCACCGCUUCCGCCGCCACUACCACCUUUCCACGAACCCCCUUUGUAUUCCACCCCAAACCCGCCUCCCCCUCCGCCCCCACCGCCUUAUGCUCCACCCCACAAUCCUUAUCCUGCUCCCCCACCACCACCACCUCCACCACCAGUUAAUUCUUAUUAUUACAAUCCGCACGGUGGCUACAAUUCUUAUAAUUAUGCCAAUCACAUGAUGGGCAGGUUCAACUACCAGUUUCAUUACCAGUCUCCUUAUUACGCAAACCAGGCCCAUGGAUGGCCCACUGACAGUAACAGGCCUCAAGUGGGGCCACCACCGCCUUAUGUUGAUCAUCAGAGUGCAAAGAAGGUGAGGAAUGAUGUGAAUGUUCAUAAGGAUACGUUGACGAUUGAAGUGGAUGAGCAGAAUCCGGAUCAUGUCUUGGUUUCGUUUGUAUUUGAUGCCAUGUUUGAUGGGAGCAUCACUAUACUGUACUUUGCCAAGGAAGAGGCAAAUUGUCGAUUUGUUCCACUGUUUCCUGAAGCCUAUGUGCCAGUGAGAGUUCCCUUUAAGAAAGGACCGGGCCAGAAAUUUUGUCAGCCUUCAGGGACAGGCAUUGACCUAGGCUUCUUUGAAUUAGAUGAUCUCUCCAAACCAUCACCAGGAGAAGAUGUAUUUCCUCUUGUAAUAUCUGCUGAAACAAAUGUGCCAUCAACUUCCACUGAUGACCGUUUUGAUGAUCCUGAGCCAAAUACAUCUGCUCAUAUGCAGAUAACUCAAGCUGUUCUAGAAAAGAGUAAUGAUGCUUCAUUCCAAGCAAAAGUAAUAAGGCAGAUAUUGUGGGUUGAUGGAGUUCGCUAUGAGUUACGUGAGAUAUAUGGAAUAGGAAGCUCAGCGGCAGAAGGUUUUGAUGACAGUGACCCAGGGAAGGAAUGUGUGAUUUGCAUGACUGACCCUAAGGAUACUGCUGUGCUACCUUGCAGACACAUGUGUAUGUGUGGCGAGUGUGCAAAGGCAUUGCGGCUUCAGUCAAAUAAGUGCCCCAUUUGCCGGCAGCCCAUUCAGGAACUUAUAGAGAUCAAGUUAAGUAGUGGUGGUGAUCAAUGACAGAUAUUUAUAUCAUGUUUGAUUGAACGAGAUGUAUGCAGCAGCGUUACAUUGAUAGUGAAAUCCACAAGGAUUGUUUGGGCAGUUUUCUGAAAUUCCAGUAAUUGUGGCCAUGUGAUGAACCAUUCCCUCUGGCAUUGGGAGUUUGGCGUGCACAUACAUUGUAAACACCCACAUUUGUCCUUUGAUUAUGUGUCAACUUUCUUCUGCAAAAUUCUUGCAAUUUCAAAGCACAACAUAAGAUUGCAAGCCAAUUUUAAGAUGUGAAAGUUCAUUGUGUGCUCUGUAUCCACAAAAGAAAAAAUGAAUCAACACCUCUUAAAAUUUGGCAUGUUGUGAGACAUUGUGCCCUACUGGGCUGUGUCCUAGCUGGCAUCUGUCUUUCUGUUUAUAAAAACGAGGCUGUGGUGAAUUUCUGAGA